CAUUCUUAGCCAUUCUAGGACACAUGUGGCCUGUGGGCCACAGGUCAGACACCCCUGCUAGAGCAAGAUAGGAGCUUUACCUGCAGAGGGCAGUACAGAAAACCAGGUAAGAACCUGGUUGUCAUCCUGCCUCUCCCACUUACUAACCUGUUCAAUCUAAACAAAUGCCUCACUUUCCACAGGUAUAAAAUAAGGAUAAUAGCAGUCACUUCCAUGGGUUGGUUUGAGGAUUACAUGAGAAUCCACAAAUAGUUUCUGUGCCAAUAGUGCUUUCACAAACAUGGUGAACAUUCCUAAAACCCACCAGACUUCCCAUAAGAAGUGUGGCAAGCACCUACCCCACCCACAAAGUAACAGUACAGAAGGCAAGGAUUCUCUGGAUGUGCAGGGACAGUGGCAUUAUGACAGGAAGCAGAGUGGCUAUGGUGGGCAAACUAAGCCAAUUUUCCACAAAAAGGCUACAACUACAAAGAAGAUUGUGCUGAGGCUUGAAUGCAUUAGGCCCAACUGCACAUCCAAGAGAAUGCUGGCUAUGAAGAGAUGCAAGCAUUUUGAACUAGGAGGAGAUAAGAAGAGAUAGGGCCAUGUGAUCCAGUUCUCAGCUUCAUACUUUUAUUAUGAAGACAAAUCCCGGGGAUAUGUUCACUUUAAAAAAUGCACAAACAGAACAGUGCCACGCAGCCCUCAGCGAAUGUUAACUAUCCUUAUUUUCUUAUAUUAUAGUUUAUUCUGUCAGAAGCAGUUUACUAUUAUAAUUAAAGUUAAUUAUCACUGCCAUUAGGAUUUAAAGAUUAAAUUCAAUGUAAUUCUAAGAAAAUAAUUAAAAUGUCUCUUAUUGUCCUAGCUAGGUGGCUUAGUUGGUUGGAACGUCAUCCUAUAUACCAAAAAAUUGCGAGUUCAACCCCUGGUGAGGGCGCAAACCUAGGCUGUGGGUUCGAUCCCCAGUAAGAGUACAUAUAGGAAACAGCCAAUCAACUUUGCUCUCUUACAUCAAUGUUUCUCUCCCUGGCUCCCUUCCUCUCUCUCUAAAAUCAAUAAACAUAUCCUUCAUAAGGAUUAAUAAAUAAUAAUAAUAAAUAGAUAAAAUAUCUCUCGUAUCUCAAAAAUUGUAUUCAAUAGUUAGAAACAGAAAUUCAAGACUAAAAUGGAACUAUGACAGUAAGAAAAAAGAAUACAUUUAAAUAGUCAUUGAGACUUGAAUAAAUUGUUCAAGCACAGUGUUCUGCAAGAACAAAAACAAAAAACAAUCUCCUCUACAA